AUGAGGCAGUAUUGUUGUUUAAUUGUUUGUUCGACUGUUAUUUUUGCCGUAUUGAUCUCCAAUGUUUCUAGUCAAGGGUAUUACAAUGUCGUGGGGCCGAGGGUCAUCAGGCCCAAGAGCGAAUACCAUUGCGCCGUCAGCGUGCAAGCCGCCUCGGAACCUACAACCGUGACCGCUCUUCUCCAGGGCAUCUCCUUCAACGGCACGCCCUUCUUCAGCCAGGACCAGGUCGUUGUGCUACCGUACAGUUCCAAGAUAUGUUCUUUGCAAGUGGGAGAGCUGGAAGAUGGCGAAUACGAAUUGCAAGUUCGAGGUACUGGAGGAGUCGAUUUUUCGACGGGAUAUCCGCUGCAAUAUGUUCAAAAAUCUUACACGGUUUUUAUACAAACUGAUAAACAGGUUUACAGACCUGGUAAGGAUAUUCUGUUUAGAGCAAUCGUGUUGAAUUCCCAACUCAAACCUGCCGCUGAAGUCAGAAAUGAGCUUCUUAAUAUUCAUAUUACGGAUGGUUCGGGUAACAAAGUGAAGGAAUGGAGGAGAGUGGAGGCUAUAAGAGGAGUUUUCACAGGAGAAUUAAAAUUGAGCGAUCAACCGGUUUUGGGAAAUUGGAAUAUUUCUGUAACCGUACACGGACAAACCUACCACAAAACUAUAGAAGUAGCCGAGUACAUUUUACCCAAAUUCAUCGUGGACGUGGAAUCGCCCAAGCAUAUUACAUUCAAAGAAAAUAUUAUUAGAGCUAAAAUUGAUACAAGGUACAAUUAUGGAGACAAAGUGAAAGGCGAAGCCACGGUGACGGUGUUUCCGACCAUUUACUCCGGUGUGAUCCAGCCGAUAUUCCAGAACCCCGUGCGGAAGGUGUUCGACAUCGACGGCUCCGCUUCGGUGGAGUUCGACAUCGAGCGAGACCUCGGGCUCAACGACGAAUACGAGCGGAUCGUGGUCGUCGACGUGGCCAUUGAGGAGCACCUCACCGGGCGCAGGCAGAACAACAGUGUGGAGGUGCACAUACACAAGUACGACUACCACAUGGAGCUGGUGAAAUCGGCCGAUUACUUCAAACCCGGGCUCAAGUAUACGGCUUACGUUCAAGUGACGAAUAAUGAUGGUACCCGGAUAAACACGAAUAAUCGCGAGGUUAUAGUGAGGCACUGGUAUUCUAGAGUUGAUGAAGUUCACGAGGAAAAUAGACAUGAAUUGAAUGAAAAUGGUUUUUUGAAAUUGGAGUUUAUUACACCCAGAAACGUUACAAACAGUACUGCCUUGAGACUUCAGGUGGAAUUCAGAGAUUUGAAAGAAAUCAGUACUCCCAUUCCGGCUGCCGUAUCCUACAGCGAUAAUUUCCUGCAAGCUACCCUCGAAACGGAUCGACCCGUUAUCAACCAGGACGUAAACAUCGUCGUCAACAGCACGCAGUCGAUGAGGUCGCUUAAUUACGUGCUCAUUGGAAGAGGAGACGUCCUGAUAACCAACACUUUCCACGUGGAUAACAGAAAACAAUUCAAGUUCCACUUCACAGCAACCCACGCGAUGGUGCCGGUCUGCCAUUUGAUCGUUUACUACGUGAGGUCCGACGGAGAAUUAAUCGGAGACGCUCUGGAUAUAGAAGUUGAUGGUUUACUGCAGAAUUUUGUGGAUGUACAAGUGAAUACGUUAGAAAGCGAACCUAAUCUCGACGUGGAGUUUACGGUUAGAGCUCAACAGAACUCUUACAUAGGACUGAUGGCAGUGGAUGAAAAUGUUAGUAAACUCAAAAGUGGUUACGAUUUGUCGUUAGAUUACAUAGCAGAGGAACUCAAGAUGUACGAUCCAGCGCAAGGAACUCCCUAUCCCCAUUUGGCGAGGACCAAAUCCAAGAUUUCUUGGUAUCCUGGUGCUAGCAACCCUCAUUCUGCUAUUUUUGAAUCUGGUGCAGACAUAGCCACCAACACACACAUCAACAGAAUGAAACCAACUCUGGAAGACAUUUACCUUCGCCCGGUAUUUUACGGUUCAUCGACCAUCAAACCGGAUCGCGGGCUCGUGCUGCCCAUACACGCAGUAACGCGGCCUCCGUUGGCCGGCCCGUACGCUUUCAGCAGGAUUCCCCGACCGGUUUGGAACAAGCCGAAGGUGUUCCUGCUGGAGGACAUCGCCGACACGUGGCUGUUCAGCAACUUCUCUACCUACGAGGGGAAGAGCUCGAUCAGGCGGAUGCUGCCCAAUACCCUGACGACUUGGUCGAUAACGGGCUUCUCUUUGGACCCGCUGCACGGCCUGGGGAUAUCCACGGCCCCCAAGCUGCUGAAAGUUAGCAAAUCGCUGGCGGUGAUGCUGGACCUGCCCUAUUCCAUACAGCGCGGUGAAAUACUCAGCGUUCCCGUGGUCGUUAAGAACAACAUGAACGAGGAGGUUGUUGCUGAUGUUACGUUGCACAAUUCCGAAAAUCGGUUCGAAUUCGUCGCCUCAAGCGAAGACAACAACGUUAAAAGGGUGGAAUUGUACCGACGAAAGCGGGUUAAGGUGGGCAAAAACGCCGAAUCAACGGUUUCGUUUUUGAUAACGGGCAGCAAAAUAGGAUCAAUACCCAUAAAAGUUACAGCGACUACCCCGAAAAACCAGGACAUGACCGAGACGGAACUACUUGUUGUGCCGGGAGGGGAGAAAGAAUACUACACCAAAUCGGUCCUCUUAGACUUGCGAAACAAUCCCAACGCUAAGAGAUCCAUCAACUUCACGAUUCCCAAGAACGCGGUUACCGGAUCGGAAAACAUCGAAGUCUCCGCUGUUGGGACAUUUUUGGCAGCUGCUAUGGUCCAUUUGGACAGCGUUAUUAGAUUGCCAACGGACUGCGGCGAACAGAACCUGGUGCAUUUGAUGUCCAAUUUGAUAGUAUUGCAUUAUCUAAAGACCACUAACCAACUAACCCCAGCUGUUCAGAACCAAGCAGUAGUGAAUUUGGAGACCGGCUACCAAAAACAGUUAAAUUACAGAAGAAAAGACGGGUCUUAUAGUAUCUUCGAACGGAAGGAUUCGGUUGGGAGCGUUUGGUUAACAGCUUAUACAGCCUUAGCGCUGAAACAAGCGAGAAAUUACAUUUUCGUCGAUGAAGAUCUAAUCGAAAGCGCUUUAAAUUGGCUAGCGAACAUCCAAGGAAAGAACGGAAGUUUCUACGAAACCGGCAGCAUCAUCCAUUCUGAAUUACAGAACAACAGCGGUAACAGUUUAGCCCUUACAGCUUUCGUCGUUAUGGCCAUCCAAGAAUCAAGUGAGCGUAACAACCCCAUCUUAACCAACGUAAUAAACAAAGGUUUGGAUUACAUUGCUAGGAACAUAGACGACAACGAAUCUACGUACUCUUUAGCUUUAUGUAGCUAUGCGUUGCAAAUAACCGGACACGCUUCGACGAAAAGCGCUUUCAACCUGCUUGACAACCGAGGAAAAUCGAAGGAUAACAUGAAAUGGUGGGCGAAGGAUACUCCUUCGAACGAGGUGAAAAAUCCCUGGCAUAACCGACCCAGAUCCAUCGACAUAGAGAUGACUUCCUACGCUUUAAUGACUUUCAUAGAGGCGAAUUUAUUGGAAGACGCCCUGCCGGUUUUGGAUUGGCUGCUAAACCAACAGAAUAAUCUGGGAGGUUUCACGUCCUCUCACGAUACUGUUGUGGGUUUGCAAGCCUUGUAUAAAAUAGUGACUAGAUUAGCAAGUCCGGUAAAUAUGCAAAUCGAAUACGAAUAUGGAAAGGAAGGAAGCGGGAAGUUCAGUCUUAAUAGAAACAACAUUAUGAUACUGCAAAGUAUGAAGAUUUUAGAUAAAACUACGAGAGAAGUAAACAUCACAGCACAAGGAAACGGCUUGGCAGUAUUCAAAGUAUCAUACCAGUACAACAGCAACGUUACCGGGCCUUGGCCCAUGUUCACUUUGGAUCCCCAAGUAGACAAGAACUCCAACAACCACCACCUUCAAAUUUCCAUCUGCAUUUCAUUCGUCAGUGAGAAUUUGACACACACGAACUCCAGCAACAUGGCAGUAAUGGAGGUGAACCUACCGUCCGGAUUUACCGCCGAUACAGACGCCCUGCCCAGUUUGGAGCUCUCCGAGAACGUCCAAAAGGUCGAGACGAGCAACAAACUGACCAAAGUUUUGUUGUACUUCAACAACCUUACUCGAAUCGAGUACUGCCCUACCAUAUCCGCCUAUCGAACGUACAAAGUGGCAAGGCAACGGCCCGUUGCUGUAGUAUUGUACGAUUACUACGAUACUUCUCGAAGGGCGCGAGUGUUUUACAAAGGCACCGUCACACACCUCUGCGAUGUAUGCGAAGAUGCGGACUGCGAGAGCAUUUGCAAAGCUGAGUCUAAAGCACGAGAGGGAAGAGAAAGGCAAAUAGGAGACGGAGGUGGAGCGGCGAUACCUCAAAUAUCCAUCACUUUCUAUGCUAUAGUAUUCGGUAUUGUUAAGUUGAAUUGGUAG